AUGUAUUCCACCUUUGCGAAUAGUGAAACCCCUCAGGGCCCCGAGACGGGUGUGGCGGCUACUCUGUAUGGCAACGAUGCGGAACCUCACUCGACCGGUAUUAGCCUGGUCAAGAGGACGCCGUACGCCACGGAGGAGGUCUGGAAGUGCAUGCAAGCCACCAUCACCCGACUCUACCAGAGCGAAGGCAAAUCGUUGCGGGAGGUCAUGGCAAUCAUGGAACGGGACCACUUCUUGUUCGCCACAGAAAGAAUGUUCAAGUCUCGCAUCGUUCGAUGGGGACUGGACAAGAAGUUGAAGGAGCAAGAAGUCCUGCACAUGCUAGAGCUCAAGCGGAAAAGGCAAGCGACGGGAAAGGACUCGCGCUUCAGCAUCGAAGACCAGGACGUCGACUGGAACCGCGUCGAGCAGUACCUGAAGCGCAGGCCGGACCUGGAGAACAAGAGACAGAAACAGCACGCGCCAAGCAAGAGCACUACCGUGAAACGCAAAAUCACCUGCAGGACACCCUCGCCGGCGCCAAGCCCAGUCUUGACCACCGAGACCCCUGGCAUCUUCAUCGUCCCCGUGCCCUCCCUCCUAACGCCGACCCUAGAGGUCGAGAGGCAAGAAGACAUUAUGCGCAUCUUUAGCGCGUACCACACCAGCGCCUUCCAGACCGGCCUCUGGGUCCUGGACGACGCCCACCUCUGCGAGCACGACUUUAUCCACGUCGUGCAGACCUUGACCGAGAUUGGCAAGGUCCCCGGCCUCCUCAAGCUGAACCAGACGGAAGCCGGCCUCCGCACCCUCCGCCGCGCGCUCGGUUCCCUGCGCCACGUCCUCCGGAUCCGGGAGCCGCGGUUCUACUACUCCAUGCUCGUCAACAUCCUGACCCUCCGAGGCACCGUCUUGGAGUACUCGAUCCGCUGCAUCCACUGCAUCCACCGCGAGAUCCUAGGCGAUCAGCACCCGCUGAGUAUCGUCUGGGGUAAACUCGGAGACCUGCCCCCAAACAUCCGCCUCGAGACGCUGAGAAACAUCUUUGCCAUCAUCUGUCUCCACUUUGAAGACGAGAACCACCGCGCGUACAAGAGCGAGCACGCCCUAGACGUGCUCAUCAUGCGGUGCUCCCUCCUCCGACUCCUCGGCAACGUGGGCGGGGACGAGUUCCUCGCCGUCAUUGCGGGGUACACCGCAGCCGCCACCGAGGCCCUGCAGCAAGGCAACUACGAGCUCUCAUGCAGGAUCUUGUUGGGGGUGGCGACCGCCCUGCUCGACGCGGGCGACUUUGCGCAGGCGGAGAGGGCCUUGUUGCAGAUUGGGGCUACCAUCCAGGUCCGAUCCGGGAUCGCUGGUGCGUGUGCCACCACCAGCUUGGGGCCGCAGGUGCGGGUGCUGGAGAGUCAGCAAGAGGACCGCUGCGCGACGAGUCCGCUGUGUUCUCGCGCGAGCCGCUACGGCCAAGGGGCCCGCGAGACCAAGAUUAUUUACGGGUAUUAUAAGGGACAUUGGGAGCCGUGGAGCAGGUGGUCACCCUCGGUGGUGAGGAAAGUCCUUGAUACUCAUCGUCAAGCGCGAGAAACAGAUGUGUUGGCUGCAAGACUGUGGGCUGACGUUUUGCUCUCUGUGAGGUGA